AUGCAAGACCCCUGGACAAAGGAAGAGUUUAAUUUGACGUUGAAAGAUUCUCCGCCUGAAGAAAAGAGAUCGGACGUGCACUUUCCACCGAUAAAAACAAUUAAUCCGAUGAUGAAGCCCGAAAUCACCAUUGUCUGUAUGAAAUGCGAGGAAGAAAUAAAGGUUCGACAGUUGAAAGAGCAUCAAGAAUUCCACAGCGCACUGGAAAUGUUUCGAUUUAGCAUGGAAAGAAAGCCUUCGAGCGUGAAACAGCUGGUCAAACGAAGGCGAGCUAUCAUGAAGCGCUUGAACGAAGCAGCGAACUCCGAGAAUCCAGUUUCGAUGAAGAAACUUCAGAAGCUUAAUCUCGCCUACGAGCUUCUUAAAGCCGACAUCGAAGGCACAAGUACGACUCUUCGAAUGUUGGAUGAAUAUUUUCAAAUUCAACCGACCUUGCAGGGACACGGAACGCCGUUGAACUGCGCACUUGCGUUUGGCGUUUGCCAAUACGAGAACGCGCGUUGGAAAACAUCAAUGGAAGAUCGAUAUGCGUUUAAAGACUGCUUCUGCAACGAUCCACAGAGUGGAUUUUUUGCUGUUUAUGACGGGUAUUCUGGAACUAUGGCUGCAGAGAAAUGCGCGCGCUACCUGGGUGAAAUCGUGGAGCGAAAAGUGGAGGCAAUUUACAACACCAACAUGAUACGUGAAACUGUCAAUGCGGAAAUUGUGACGGCUUUCAAAGAUGCUUUUGAUGAAAUGGAUAGAAUUUUACUCUAUGGCGUUGAGGAGCAUUCGCGCAAUCGUUGGAGCGGGUGUUCGGCGCUUACUUGCUUACUACGAGGAAAUAACUUGUACGUUGCGAACGCGGGGAAUAUUAGAGCGGUGUUGUGCCGCGGGGAUGGGUCUAUUGAACGGUUGUCAACCAACCACUGUCCCAAGGAUAAGAAGGAAAGGCACCGGGUUAGGAAAGCGAAAGGAGACAUCUCUAAAAGCGAUAAAACGGCCUUGGUCAACGGAGUAUUGAAAAGCACUCGAGGCCUAGGAAAUCACGGAGAUCCGAAUUUAAAGACCAGUGUCAUUAAGACUCCUGCUGUAAAUUGUCUAACUUUGGAAGAAUCAGAUCAGUUUCUCAUCCUUGCUUCUAAUGGUGUCUGGGAGGUUUUGAGUGAAGAAGAGGUCAUUCUUCUCUUGGAAGAUAUAAUACCGGAUAUUGAUGUCAAAGCUAUUGUGAAAAGAAUGCAAGAGAGGGCAUCUGCUCUUGAGGUUGGGUUGCCUGUUCCAAAAUGGGAUGAAAUUCCCAGACGGGACAGGGGCGUGGCUAACGAGGGGGACAAGGGUAUUGCAGUGGUUUCCAGUAGUAUAAAUGUAGAGAAAUCAGAAGGUGAAGGGGAGCAUGUACCUGAUGAGGAAAACCUGACUGAGGAACAAAGACAUCAUCUUACUGGUACUCGUUUAGAAAUUGACAUAAAGUUGGAUGAAAGCAGACAUUGUGCAAAAUCCCCCGGAUUGUUGCCACCUUCUGACUCCCUGUCACACAUUUCCAGAGGUUCUAAGCUAUUCAGGAGUGAGAAGGCUUGUGCACUGGCAAAAGCACUUAGUGAAAGACUGGUGGAGGGUGCCAUCUUGGCAGGCAGCCGUGACAACAUCACAGUUUCAGUGGUCCUGUUGAAUGGUUGCCCACUUCAGCUGUUCCUUCUGCCAAAAAUUUAA